AUGCCUUCCCUCACAUUCCACGACAUGCCCACCGAGCUCGUCGAGACCAUCGCAGCGUACGUGAGCGACGCCGACCUCCUGUCUUUCCGCUUGACGUGUAGACAUGCAGACACGAAGACAUUACGCGUAGUCGGCGAGCGCCCUUUCUCCAUAUUGCAGACCAACCUCAAGAAAUCGGAUAUCAGAAGACUCGAAAGUAUCUCUCGAGGUGGGCGACUAGCGAAAUACGUCAAAACCAUCCGAGUUCAGGACUACCAAGAGAAGCCUCGGGGUGGAGAAGAGCCAGAGCGACUAAAACCGACGCACCGCCUCUGGUCGCGCAAACAAGCGCGCGUCCUGUGGGUCGACAAGACCGUCAUUGCCAAACUGCAGACUAUACUCGGGGAACGUCAUUUGUCUCUUGACACUCUCGCUAUCCACAACUAUUACAUCAAAAAUGCCAUUGCACUCGCUCGAGAGAUCAUUCGAGGUGGGGGACUUGUCGCUACUUCACUGCGAGUCUCUCUUUUUGAGAAACAUGCAGCAUUUGGGACCAUAGUGACCCUGACCCUCGAUCGAGCUAGACGAGAAGAGGACGUAGGCUUCAGCCUGCUUCGACAGGUGGAACUGCAGCUACCGCCCCUUCACCCCGACGGUACACCAUACUUCCUCCUUACCCAAAUGUUCUAUCACUGCGCAGACGUCUCGGACGAUCUCAGGCUCAAGUACCGGGGACAGGCAGACGCACGGAUUAUCUGUAUCUUGCAGCAAGAAACGCCUGUAAUAAAGCUGGAGAACCUAUACUUGGGCCACUCGGGCAAUCCUGCGGGGCUCAUCGAAUUGCUCGUGCGUAUCUAG